AUGGCAGAAGGCACUAGAAUGAAGAGCUUCGAAGAGCAACUCAGGAAACAAGAGGCCAGGAUCCAGGCAGUCAUUGAUUCCUUGGUUGCUGACAAACAGGCUAUGGAAGAACGGUUGGAAGGUAAUCAAAGAGAGAUGCGAGCUCUAAUGGAAACCAAUAGCACAGAGCUGAAAAGCUUCAUGAGUACUCAACUCAGUUCUAUUUUGAGAAGUUUGCAAGGUGAUAGAGCCAUUUUGGGGAAUCCUACAAGCUCAGCAGAGAAAACUCCUAAUAAUCGAAGUGUUGGAGCACAAGGUGUUCGACAAGGUGAAUUUGGUCAUUCAUCCAGAGGAGAUGGUCAGCAUUGGCCAAUGGGGGUUCCCAGGUUAGAUUUUCCCAGAUUUGAUGGCCAUAGUCCCAAGGAAUGGAUUGACUUGGUGGAACUACACUUAGAAGGCAAGGCAGAUCUCUGGUAUCAGAAUUUCAAAAAGGAUCGCGGAAUAGUUCAUUGGAAGGAUUUCAGUUUGGAAGUAUGUAGGAGGUUCAGCACUGUAGGGGAAGCAGAUGCGGUGGAGGAGUUCAGCAAACUCAGCCAAUCAUCCACUGUAUUGGCUUAUCAGGAAAAAUUUGAAGAAUUGAGGUCCAUUGUAAUGAUUCAGGUGCCAGAACUGACUGAAUCUUACUACAUUUCUAGUUUCUUAAGUGGAUUGAGGGGGGAAAUUAAGUCUGCCGUGAAGAUGCAUAGGCCAGACACUCUACAAGCUGCCUUUGAGAUGGCCAGAUGGCAGGAGCAUCAUUUGGAGCUUGUUCACAAGUUCAGCAGGACCACACUCAAGAGUACAUUGCACUCAGGCUCCUAUGGACUUACCAAGGGAACGCAGGGAGUCCAGGACCCAGGAGCAAGGCAGUCUAGUACUUCGCCUACAGACUACAGCAAGAAGUCCAAUUCACAGCAAGUUUUCAGGAAAAUUUCUCCUACUGAAUUCCAAUAUAGGAAGGAGCACAACCUAUGCUUUAGGUGUGGGGACAGAUUUACUCCCGGACACACUUGUAAGAGCAAGGGGGUCCACAUGAUGUUAAUAGAAGAAGAGGAAAAAGGUGAGGCAGAACAAACAACAGAAGAAGAGGAAGUUAUUGAAUACAUGGGAAACCAGCAAGAGCAGGAUGUGAUAUUGACCCUGCAUGCAAUGACAGGGGAAUUAUCCUCAAGUAUCAUCAAAAUGCAGGGGCAGUUUAAGAACAGUCAGCUGACAAUCCUAUUGGAUGGAGGAAGUACCAAUUGUUUUAUCAGGAGAUCAGUGGCUCAGUUGUACCCAGAAACUGUGCAGAAGCAUAGGCCUUUUAAGGUCAAGAUUGCUGAUGGCAAAGAGCUGCACUGCGACCAAUGGAUUCCAGGAAUGCAGUGGGACAUGCAGGGCCACACAUUUACACAGGAUGUAUUUGUCAUGGACCUGGAACCUUAUGAUAUGAUCCUUGGGGUGGAUUGGAUGAAAUCCUACAGCCCCAUUACCUUUGAUUUCAAGAGACUAAACCUGUCUUUUGAGAAAGGAGGAGAGCACGUGGUGUUAAAAGGAGAUUCCAACAAUGCAAACGUUAGAAUGCAGCAAGGUUCAACAGCUCACAAAUUUGUCAGACAUAAGAUCAGGAAGGCUCUGCAGCAAUCUUGUAUGGUGAAGGUUCACAACUCACAGGUAAUUUCUGAACCAGAUUCUCUUACUCAGUUGUUGGCCAAAUAUGAUGAUAUCUUUGCUGAACCUAAAACUCUUCCCCCAAACAGAUGCCAUGAUCACCAAAUCCCCCUUAAACCAGAUGCCAAACCUUUCAAAAUUCCCCCAUAUAGGUACCCCCAUGUACAGAAAAAUGAAAUUGACAAUCAAGUGAAGGACAUGCUAACCUCUGGUCUUAUACAAAUUAGCCACAGCCCCUUUGCAUCACCUGCUCUCUUAGUUAAAAAGAAAGAUGGGAGCUGGAGGCUUUGUAUUGAUUAUAGACAACUGAACAAUCUUACCAUCAAAGAUAAAUUUCCAAUCCCUAUUAUAGAUGACUUACUGGAUGAGUUACAUGGAGCCAGGGUCUUCUCUAAAAUUGAUCUGCGAUCAGGCUAUCACCAAAUCAGAAUGAGACCUGAGGACAUCCAUAAAACUGCUUUUAGAACUCAUUCUGGACUUUAUGAAUUUCUUGUAAUGCCAUUUGGCCUGACAAAUGCCCCCGCCACCUUUCAAGCACUAAUGAACUCCAUUUUUGAACCUUACAUCAGAAAAUUUGUCCUUGUGUUCUUUGAUGACAUUCUGAUCUAUAGUCCAGAUUAUAAAACCCACUUACACCACUUAUCCUUAGUAUUAGGGACCUUGAGAAAGCACUCCUUGUUUGCAAAGAUGUCUAAAUGUUCUUUUGGUCAAAACCAAGUGGAGUAUCUGGGACAUGUUAUCACUAGUGAAGGUGUGAAUACUGACCCAUCCAAGGUGGAGGCUAUGCUGUCCUGGCCAACUCCUACUUGUUUAAAGGCCCUCAGAGGAUUUUUGGGCCUAACUGGGUAUUACAGGAGGUUUGUUAAGGGGUAUGGAGAAAUUGCUAAGCCCCUCACUGAGUUACUGAAGAAGGAUCAAUUUGCUUGGAGUGCUGUUGCAGAAUCUGCAUUUCAACAGUUGAAGCUGGUCAUGAGUAAAUCUCCAGUAUUAGCAUUACCUGACUUCUCAAAACCAUUCCAAUUGGAAACUGAUGCUAGUCAGUUAGCUAUUGGGGCUGUGCUGAUGCAACAAGGGAGACCUAUAGCUUACUACAGCCAAGUGUUGGGCCAGAAGAACCAGACCAGAUCCACCUAUGAAAAAGAACUUCUAUCACUCAUCACAGCAGUUCAAAAAUGGAAACACUACUUGAUGGGGAACCACUUUAUCAUAAAGACUGACCAUGAAAGCCUCAAAUACUUGCUGGAUCAGAAAAUAAACACUCCCUUCAACAGAAGUGGCUGGUUAAACUUAUGGGGAUGGAUUAUGAGAUCCAGUACAAGAGGGGUAAGGACAAUGUGGUUGCUGAUGCAUUAUCAAGAAGGGGAGAGUAGGAGGAGCCAGCAGAAACAUUUGUACAUGCCAUCACUGCCAUCAAGCCUCAAUGGCUGUCAAUGGUAG